AUGUCCGUCUCCGCAGCCUCUUACGACUCCACGUUUCUGGGCUCUUCGGACUCCACCCCGGACCAGGAUCUGUACACCACGUUUUUGAUUGCAGACUGGCACACAUGUGAGCAUUUCAAGGAGACUUUGGUUGGGUACGAGGGAGUGAUCAAGGACAUAGGCAGCAUCCGGAUGGUGGGCUACGAAGCGUACAUUGUGGAGCAAUGGAUUUCCCAGCGAUCUAACAAAAACACGGUCGUCACAUAUACGGGAGACUCCAAAGACUCGAUCAUAUGCCGCAAGGUCCAGAUACUCAAUGACCCGAUAAAAUGGCCACGGGCGUUCCGUCAAUAUAUUACUGAGCUGCUCGAGUCGAAGUACUCUUCGCCCACAGAGACUGACCAGGGAAUCAUCUACAUCACGAAUUUGUCACAGCUGGAGUCGUCGAUGACUCUCAUCCCGCUCCCGCAGGGAGAUAUCCACGAGCUCUACACCACGUUCGUGGUAAACUAUAACCUCAAAAAACUGGGCUGUGGCACGAGAAGCGCGCUGGCAAUCUGCAUGCCGACGAAAACGGUUGAGGACAAGUUCCGCAAUCUGUUUCAAAUCCCGCAAGAGGUGUCGCUGAUGUACGCUGUUCGAGAAAUUAUUGCUGUGGUGCAGACAUUUCUUUAUUAUUACGAUUUAUUAGAUGCGCAGUUUUGCGACGGACUGCUCUGCGAAAAGACAGAGGAUGCGAUUUCUCGCUGGUGGGCGAUGAUCUUGCAAAUUCCGGGAUGCGAGGAAACACUACGUCCAAACUCGUGCUGCUCGCUGUCUGCGUCCAUCCUCACGAUACUCGGCUUCACACUCAUUCUUAAAUCUAUUUUGGAGACAGCAGGAAACAACAUCAGCGUCCCAAAGGACCCUCUGGACCACGAGAAAAUCCGCAUAGCCAUCAUACAGUUCCAGAGAGCUCAGAAAAUCAAAAACCACCCCGGACGGAGCGACGCUUACUCAGGUAAGUUUGAUCUUGAGACCAUCACCAAACUCUUGCAAUUCUGCAACUCGGCCAAAUCCAACCAGACGUUUGCCAAAGAUCUUCACAAAGUGAGAAAAAUGGUCAAAGAUACUGUUGUAGACUUCACCUCUGGUAAGACGUUGCAAACGCUGAAGAUCUCUCCCACUAAUAACAAAAAAUUGAACAAAGAGCAGGAAGUUCCUGCUUCCAAGAGACUUUACAAUUGCCAGGACCUGGAACAGAUCAUCCAGCUCGCACAUGGUAAGCGGCUCAAUUAUUUGUGGAAAUGCAAAGGACACGAGCCUGAUCUCGACCGGUACUGUUUAGCGUCGCUAGCAAAACACCACCGAGCCGCACACCUGCCGUACACGCCUCCCUUGAUGCUUGACGACUCAGGAACUGAUUCGGAAAUGAACACCAUUUCUUCCAGUGCCAAAGCACUAGAGCCAUCGCUGAUGUCGUCGUCGGCAGAUAGAGUCAGGACGUACGACGAGCCGUUGCGCAAACAGAAAUCAAAGCGACUGAUCAUUGGUGGAAGCUUCCAGGAUAGCGAUAUUGCACCCGACAUGCGGCCACGAAUGAACUCGUACUAUGAAGACUCCUUCGAGAAGCAGGACGACACGCAGAUCAACCAGUUCAACGCGAGACUGAAAAGGAGACACUCCAUUCCCUCUAUCGAAAGUGACCUCAACGUGCAUACGAUCGACCUUCAGUCAUCCAACGAACAUGUCAAUAAUAGCAUUCUGCAUUCGCAAGCGACGCUUCAAUCAAGGGCGCUCAGAUUGAGGCGCGCUAACUCAUUGUCUUUAAUCCAAGAACAACUGACGAACGAUUUUGACGAGAUUCCAACUGCUGAGGUAUUUUCAAUGGAGACAAUGGCUUUGGAUUAUCUGAAACUGUUGCGCACGUAUAAGGUUGGCAUUGUGAAAAGAUCAAACUCAUUCAAACAGUCGGUGGAGGAAUCAAAGCUGCAAUUGCUAGACAGGCUUCGGCUUUCAAAAUAUACUGCUGAAUAUGAGAACUCGAAAAGCGAAUACUCCAAGCUGGCAAAGAGAUCUCACGAUGUCAACGACAAACUCGUGAAAAAUUAUAAGAUCAAUGCCCGGCUAAAGUAUGAGUUGCGUUUGCUGCUCCAGAAAACCAAGGAGGUGGAAACCAGUUUGAAGAACCUCAAUGAUUUCAAGAUGGCCUCGCUUGAGAGUAAGAUCAAUGAACUGAAAACCAAACAAGAAUCUUUACAGACCUCGAAAAUUGAAAAACCGCAAAAAGUCAGUUUCAAAGUCGCUUUGAACAAGCCCCAUUUGCUGAUUUCCAUCAUUCUCAACUAUUUGAGCAUCUGGUGGUUUUACUUGUUCCGCAACGUGGAUAAUACCCGCAUUGAAGAACAGUGGAAGCUCAUUGAUAGGAAUGAGCGUGUUGCUCACUUUCUGGAGAAAUUGUAUCAGGGCGAUGAGAGCAUUUCCCACAAAAGCAAAUAG